UGAGAUGCAAGGCAACGCAGGGAGAAAGGCAAGGCGAUGGCGACGGAAACUCGUUCCCUUGCGCCUUUCAGAGUGACAGCCCUGCCAGCCUAUCGCCGUCGCCCUCAAUAGGCUUAAGCCUACCUCCUCCAGAUACCUGCCAUUGGCAACAGUCGCAGAACAGGAUCUGCCUGCUUCAGCAAGUGGACUGUGGGAAAGGAGAGGCAGGGGGUGCGAUCCAAGGGGCAGAUGCCAAAAGAAAGGCCAGGACCUCAACAUUGAGCUAAGGGAGCCCAUUUGGGAUUGGGACACACAAGUUAAGGAGCAGUGAUCUAGAACAUGGAGAGAGUGAUUGGGUUCAGUCUGGUGACUUCCUAAGAAAGAGAUUUUAUACGCUGUGCAAUCCAAAGUUUGGAAAGACUUUAAGAAAAUGGCCACUGAUGUGGAGACCAGAUUGCUCCUGGCCAGACGGGUCAAGAUGGAGCCCAAUACUGAGGAGAUAGACAAUUCUAUCAAACUGGCUGAGCUGCCAAACUUGGUGCAAUGUGGAACCAUUGGGGAUCUGCUCCAUGACAUAGCACCCCAGCAGUCACCUCCAGGACCCUCUCAGUGCUGGGAGGAGGCUUGGAAGCAAGUCCUAGAAGCAUUGGAUGCCGAGUCUUUGCCACAUGUUCAGAGCUGUGAAAGUGAAGGAACUGAAGGAGCUGACAGCUCUCAGAAGGGCUUAAAAGGAGAAGAUGCAUCAGAGGAACAUGUCUCAGACUCCAGCUUAUCUCCUUCCCUGGAAAACAUGUGGAUGCUUCAGUUCCAUCUGGGAGAUGAUAUUGAAUCCUGCCUGGAGAGCUUUGAACAGGCAGCCAAGGCCCAUCACUGGCCCAAAGAAGAAUGGGUAGCCCAUCUGAAGCCUCAUCUUAGCCCCAAAGCUUUCCUAGCCUGCUGCGAUGUAGCUGGAGACUACAACAUAGUGAAGGCCAGCAUCUUGCGCCACCAUGGCAUCACUCCAGAGAUCCAGUGGCAGUGUUUCAGGCAGUACCGUUACUCCAAAUUUAAAGGGCCCAGAGAAGCAUACCGGAAGCUCCGGGCCCUUGCGUGGCGCUGGUUAAAGGACCUCACCAAAGAGCAGGUCCUGGAGCAACUCAUCCUGGAGCAGUUUCUGGCCAUUCUGCCACCAGAAAUGCAAAGCUGGGUCAGGCGAUGCGGUCCGGAAACAUGUGCCCAGGCAGUGGACCUUGCUGAAGGUUUUCAACUGGGUAAGAAGCCACCAGUACCAUUCAAAGAUGUCUCUGUGAAGUUCUCUGAUGCAGAGUGGACCUUAUUAUCAGAUAAGCAACGAACAUUGUAUCAGGACGUCAUGCUGGAAAAUUUUCAGAAUGUGUCCUCUUUGGGAUUUCCUCGAGAGAAAUACAAGUUAAUUGUUCCGAUAAAGAAAGGGGGAGAACUGGAUUUUCAGGAUGAUGCUGAAAGAGGAUAUUUCCUAGAGAGAGAAGUCACAGGAAAUUUGCUGCUUCCAGUUUCUAAAGAAUAUUGUAUGGAAAAGAAGAACAUUUCCAAGAAAAUGAAGAAACUGACAGAAAAAACUCAAGAGCACUCAGGCCAAGUCCAGUUGUUUGGCAAUGAGUCCUCCAGCCCCGAGACACAGCCUCUCUCUCAGAGCCCUACAAAGGUGCCCUCAGUCAAGACCCAACCCACAAAAAGGCGAACAUCAUCUCCAAAGGGUAGAAAACAUCAAAAGAAGGAACGGUGGCCACCAACCCCAGAGGAGCCUGCUUCCAAGAGAAAGCAGUCUCCACUCUCAUUGCCGAGAGAAGCACCUGACAAGCAGGAAUUGAGUGAUGAUGCCAUUUCAACCCACGACCAGGAACCUGAAGAUGUUGCCAUUUCAACCCCAAAGUCCUGCAAACGAAAGAAGGGAACGCCACCACAGAGUGGGCCACCAAAACUAAAGAAGCAAGCAGUGCCAAUAGGAAAGCACUCGAAGAUGAAGAAGAAAUCUAAGACUCAGGAAGAGCCCCAUGAAUCGCAGGAGAAAUUUCCAGUGCCAGAGAAGACUUCUCCUCGCAAGAAGAGUCAAAGGCAGCAAGAGGCACAGCAGGCACCAUCAUCCCCGGAUGAAAAUGCAAAGCCCCACAAAGUCACCACUGCAGGUGUCACGUGGCAUCCACCCUUCAGUGCCACUGUUGCCUCCGACCUCACCUGUCUGGAAUGUGGGCGAUCAUUCAGGCAGAGGGCCGACCUGCGCCACCACCAGUAUGUGCACACGAGGGAGAAGCCCUACGCCUGCAGCAUGUGCAGCAAAUGUUUCCGGCACCCCAGCCACCUCCACAUCCACCAGCGUACGCAUAGUGGGGAGCGGCCUUACAAGUGCCCUGAGUGUGGGAAGACUUUCUCCCAGAGCUGCAACCUGCGGACGCACCGGCAGAUCCACACCGGCAGGAAGCCCUUCCAGUGCUCCGUCUGCAACAAGUGCUUCUACCACCGGUCCAACCUCACCAUCCACAAGCGCGUGCAUACUGGGGAGCGGCCCUAUUCCUGCUCCGUCUGCCCAAAGAGCUUCAGUGACCGGUCCACCCUGGUGCAGCACGAGCGCACGCACACCGGGGAGAGGCCCUACGCCUGCCUUGUUUGCAAGCAGAGAUUCAGCCAAAUGUCACACCUUACAAAGCACAGGCGGGUGCAUCAGGACGCCAGGGGCAAGCCCAAGACAAAGCCCACCGGGGUGCUUGCCCCAAGCCCCCCAAAGAAUUGCAUGUCACAGCCCAGUGGAAAAGAUGGUUCCUUCAAAAAGACAGAGGCCAAGCAGGGCCAGAACAAUCUCGCCUCAAUCUCAAAAACGUUGGUUUCCUCAUCCUCCAAAGAUAGGCUUCCACAGAACAAAGUUGCCACAUGAACAGGUCACAGGGAACAUUUGGCUUAUGACUCCCAUCAACUCACCCAACAUGGGAUUGGGGAGUUUGAACUACAACUUCCACAAACCUAGUACAGAAGAUGUUUCCAAAUGGCAGGGGAAAGGCACCCAAGGUUGUAACAUUCCAGGACUAGCGGGUAUAAAUAAAGAUGAUGAUGAUGAUGAUAAUCCAGCACUGAAACACUGUGCCUUGGAGUGUGGUAGACUCUCCUUCUCUGGAGUUUUCUAAACAGACUGAAUGGCCAUCUGCCAGGAGUGCUUUGAUUGUGUAUUGUUGUAUGACAGGAUGGCCCUGUGGUAUUUUCAAACUGUGAUUUUAUGAGAAAUCAAAAGGAGCUCUUACGUCAAUCAUGUCAUAUCAAAGAACUUGUCAGACUGAUAUAUUUUGAAGUAAUGAAUGUGAAUUGAAUAACUAAUCCUUUGCUAGUGAUAGUUCCUCUUUAGCAGGGAUGGGGAAUAUGUAUUUAUUAGACUUCAACUCCCAUCUUCCCACACCAUUGGCAGUGCUGGCAGCAGGCUGAUGGGAAAUACAGUCCAACUUCUGGAGGGUCACAGGUCAACCUCCUAUUGCCCUGCAUCCUACCACUUGUGCUGUUGCUAUAGAUUCAUCUGAAUAGAGUAAGAUUAUUUUUUAGAUUAUCAAAUCAGAAGAAUUGCCAUAAAUUAUUGUACAUAAGGAAUUCUAUAUUUAGAGAGGAGAGGUUGAUACUCAAUGCCAGAUUUUAGACAUGUGUGUCAUCUUCCUUCAUGGAAAGCCCAUCCAGUUUUAAGAAAUUAGAUUUGCAGUUUUUAAAUGUGACCUAGAAAUAUGUAUUUAUGAAACAUGACAUCAGUAGAACAUUUUAUUUCUCAUUUUGAAUAACUAUGGAUCUUUCUGGUUCGGAUAUAAACCAAGAUGGGGGAAAUGAUUUAAACUCCCCUCUAUAGGCCUGGUAGCGAAGUGUGUUAAAGCACUGAGCUGGUGAACUUGCAGACUGAAAGGUCCCAGGUUCAAAUCCUGAGAGCGGAGUGAGCACCCGCUGUUAGCUCCAGCUUCUGCCAACCUAGCAGUUUGAAAACAUGCCAAUGUGAGUAAAUCAAUAGGUACCGCUCUGGUGGGAAGGUAACGGCGCUCCAUGCAGUCAUGCCGGCCACAUGACCUUGGAGGUGUCUACGGACAAUGCCGGCUCUUCAGCUUAGAAAUGGAGAUGAGCACCAACCCCCAGAGUCAGACAUGACUGGACUUAACGUCAGGGAAACCUUUACCUUUUUACCCUAUAGGCCAUGGUCCCCAUUGUCUUGACCUAAAGAGGAGCCACAAAGCAGCUCAAGGUGUAAAAAAAAAUAUAUCAAACCCUUGGGAGUUUGGGAAAAAAGUGAAUAAUUUUUUUAAAAUCUGAAUAAACUGUAAAGCCAUAUUUGUGAAUUGAAAACAGAAAUAAACUAUUGGAUGCAUUGAAGUA